AUGCGCUAAUAGCUUUAUAUUUUAUUGACCGCUUCUGCUAAUAUCACAUGAAUAUUUUUCAGAGUUUCAUCACUAGUGUGGGAAGCAGAGAUCGCAGAAUGCGCUUAGCUCUGGAGCAUAUGUGUGCUCCGAUCGUCCAUGGCGCGCUCACCAUGCUGCUUGCAGUGGCGAUGCUUGCCUUCUCCGAAUUUGACUUUAUAGUCAAAUAUUUCUUCUUCAUACCAUUAUGCGUAAUCGGCGUCGGCCUCGUAAAUGGUAUUUUCUUCUUCCCGAUUCUGCUGUCUCUAAUUGGCCCAUCAGCGGAAGUGAUCCCGAACGAUUAUCCGGAUCGUAUAUCUACGCCGACACCGCCGGCAUCACCAAUUGUGAGAAGAUCUAAGCCUCCCGCACCGCCAAGGAGGUCUCAUAAAAUCGAGAACGCUAGGUUGCAUGCCGAGCCGUCACUCACAACCAUCACAGAGGAACCUAACUCGUGGCACAGCACACAGGAGUCUUGCAUCAUUGUCCAACCGGAACUCAAGGUGGAAACCACAUCCACGUGCGGCAACCAGAACUGUAGCGGAUCGGACACGAGCGGGUCUAGUCGAACGUCACCGAUUCCGUCCACUCCACACAUUACCACCAAGGUCACCGCAACGGCGAACAUCAAAGUCGAGGUUCAUACACCGUUAACCAGCGGAGUGGAUCGUAGUGAAAAAUGCCGGCACACUAGCACCGGUAGUCGAAGGAGCUCGCGCUGCAGUGCGAACGUUAAUGCUGGGGAGUCUUCCGGCUCCAGUUCUGAGCCGGAUUCAGACUUUAACCCAAAACAUUGAUAACAAGAACCGAGGGGACCAGCAGCUGCUGCUCAAGUACCACGCAAAGCGGGAAAACACAGAAGGCUGACUAGUAUAGAUUAAUAAAUUUUUCAUCUUCUCUUCCUCUUUCCUUUCUCCUAUCUCGGCCCUUUAUCCGUUUCUUUUUCUUUCUUUCUUUCUCUCUCUCUCUCUUUCUCAAAUGAGUAAUACAACAGCAUAGUUGUUUUACUCAAAUAUUAGAAACGAAAGUAUUACAACGCACACACAAUUGUAUUUUUACAAUGUAUGUAAGUACUUUUUGCAAAAAAACAUUAAUAUCGCAUGUUUAAUACUUUUUAUACCGAAUUUUAAAGUGACAGACACCUAUAGGAAAUAUAAGAAACAAAAUUGUAUUUAUACAAUUAUAUACAAUAUAAUAUAAUACAAUUACAAUAUAAUAGAAUUUAAUUAGAGUUUUUAAGAUCAGGAUCCAUAUUUAUAUUUUAUACACAUAUUAUAAAUAUACAAAUUGCGCUCUCUAUAACGGUUUUUUAAGCAAAUUACUAAAGUUUUUAAUCAUGAGAAAAACCAUAGACAUAGACAUAUACACACACACACAAACAUAUAUAUAUAUACAAUAUAAAUCGGGUAUUGAUGAUAUAACCUGAAGAAUAGAGCAGGAAAAAUUAGAAAAAAUUCCAUCUCUUUUUCUGACGAAAGAUUGCACAGGCAUAAAUGAAAAAAAAAAAA